AUGUGCAGCUCUGGCCGGCCGGCAGCGGGACUCAACGACUCCGCACUCCUGGGAGAGGCUUUGUUUUCCUACACGGAGCGCUUACUCAAUGCUUCGGGACAGUUGGGGAACCGGACCUCCGGCUUCUUCCUCCUGGACUUUGACGAGGGGAUGCUGGAGGACUGGCGCUCCCUGGCCAGCAGGAAGAGCGGCGGCGGGGAGUCGCAGCGGGGCGGCGUGAAGGCGCUGCUGGUGGCCGCCUACUCGCUCAUCAUUGUGGUGUCCCUGUUCGGAAACACCCUGGUGUGCCAUGUGGUGGUCAAAAACAAGAGCACCCAGUCCUCCACCAGCUUGUUCAUUCUGAACCUGGCCGUGGCUGACAUCUUCAUCACGGUCCUCAACACACCUUUCACUCUGGUGCGCUUCGUGAACAGUACCUGGGUGUUUGGGAGGACAAUGUGCCACAUCAGUCGCUUCGUGCAGUACUGCUCCCUGCAUGUCUCCACUCUCACACUCACUGCCAUCGCUCUGGACCGCCGACAGGUGAUUUUGCACCCUUUGAGACCUCGCAUGUCUCCAGCGCAAGGUGGUGUUUGGGUCACUUUUAUCUGGAUAAUGGCCAGCUGUUUCUCCCUCCCACACGCAAUCUACCAAAAACUCCUGACGUUUACAUACAGUAAGGAGAAGGAGCGAAGCCUGUGUGUCCCCGACUUCCCAGAGCCGUCGGAUGUCUACUGGCAAUACAUCGACCUCCUGACCUUCAUACUGCUUUACAUGCUGCCUCUCCUCAUCAUCACCGCCUCCUACACCACGGUGGCCCGUCGGCUGUGGCGCCACAACGCCAUCGGCGACACCACGACGGCUCAGCACGCCACCCACAGAAAGAAGCGCCGGCGGACAUUGGCCAUGCUGCUGCUAGUUGUUGGUGUGUUUGCCGUUUGCUGGUUUCCCCUCAACUGCUACGUGGUGCUGCUGUCAAGCCAGGCCAUCCACUCCUCCAACGCCCUGUACUUCUGCUUUCACUGGCUGGCGAUGAGCUCCACCUGCUACAACCCUUUCAUCUACUGCUGCCUAAAUCCCACCUUCCGCCAGGAGCUCCGGCUGCUGUUUGACAGGUGCAGGAGGAAACGGAGGGUGGUGGUCGGGUUGGAGCCGGAGCUUCGCCCUGCGGCUGCCUGUGCUCCCUGUCAUAGACCUGCCUGGCCAGACGGCCGCGACUCCUCGAGGCCCAGACAUGGUUUAUCCCACCCGGGCCAGGCCUCCUCGCAGCAGAGCCACGCUUCAUCCAGUCAGGCCCACAACCUGAAAGACGCACACGUGCUCUUCACCGCCCGGCAGGCCCUCACAGGGAGAACCGACAUCCUCUCAGUGGAGCCCAUGGUGGCUGUGAGCUGA